CGACGCGGCGGUGUGGCUCGAGCACGAGUGCAUUCGUGAGACACAAGGGCAAGCCAGGGGCAUGGUCGGCUUCGAGCGCAAAAAAAUGGACUGCUACGUAUAUUUCAAGACCGCAGCUUUCGUAGAAUUCCGCUACAAGUUUGUAUACUCAGCCAGAUUAGAGUUGGCGAUGUAUGGCCACGAUGAGCCACUUGCUAAUGUGCCCGACCCGUGGACGAAUACUGAAACCACCGACCCGUGGUGGCCCACGGACAAGAAGCUUGUAUGGGGCAACUUCAAACCCGUCGGACUUCCUAAGUGGGAUGUAUAAGCCGCAGAGUACAUAU